GGGAGAUCCCUGUUCGAGGACGACGAUGCCGAGUGGAGAUGCGGACAAACGGAGCGUCGUUGCACAAAAGUCAACGGCACAGAGGAGGAGGCCCGUUCAGAAGCUGACAUCCACAAAGCAACUUGUCAUUUACAGCUACCUGAACGCAGGAAGCCACGGAGCAGGAAGCUGUCGCGAGCUAGCAAGUAAAUAAGUUUUUAAUCAACCCCAACGUGUCUAAACCCAUACCAAGAUGGUGGUGAAGAGGGCAGAGGUCUGUCGACGAAUCGUGUCCAAAGACGGCCGCAACAACGUGCGCAUCGACAAUGUGGAGGGCAUGGUCAAACUGUACCUGCAUGACAUCUGGACCACUGUGGUGGACAUCAAGUGGCGCUACAAGAUCACCCUCUUCGCCUCCACCUUCAUCUUCACGUGGUUCUUCUUCGGCGUGCUCUUCUACCUAAUCAGCUUGGGCAACGGCGACCUGGAACCCAACCUCAGCUCUAACCACACACCUUGCCUGGAGAACGUCAAAACCUUCACCGGCGCCUUCCUCUUCUCUCUGGAGUCCCAGACCACCGUUGGGUAUGGCUUUCGCUACAUCACUGAGGACUGUCCGUUGGCCAUCUUUACGCUGGUCGCCCAACUGGUCAUCACCGGCCUGGCCGAGAUCUUCGUCACGGGGGCUUUCUUGGCCAAGUUGGCGCGGCCCAAGAAGCGAGCGGAGACCAUCAAGUUCAGCCGGUGUGCCGUGGUUUCCCGCCGACAGGGCCAACUAUGCCUCAUGGUUCGAGUUGCAAACAUGCGGAAGAGUCUGCUCAUCCAGUGCCAGCUCACCGGAAAGCUCCUUCACACCUACGUCACCCAGGAGGGCGAGAGGACCCUAGUCCACCAGACUUCAGUGGAUUUCUUCAUGGACUCCAGCAGCGAGUGCUCAUUCCUCAUCCUGCCGCUGACUUUCUACCACAUCCUGGACGAGCGCAGUCCGUUGGCCGGCCUCAGUGCGGAAAACCUGCGCAGCCGCGACCUGGAGCUGCUGGUGACGCUCAACGCCACCAUGGAGUCCACGGCAGCCACGUGCCAAAGCAGGACGUCUUACAUACCCAGCGAGAUCCUGUGGGGCUACGAAUUCAAGCCGGUGAUCUUCAGCACGCCCGGCGGGAGGUACGUGGCGGACUUUAACUUCUUCGACAAGGUGCAGGUGAGCAACGACGCCGCCUUCCUCAACAACGCGGAGAAGCUGAAGAUGGAGGAUGACUACAAGAAAGAGUAG